GUGCCCCAUGCUGUUGCACAUGUGGAUUUGCUGUAAAGAUGGGGAAGAGACGGAAAAAUCAGGUUUUCCAUAAUUUAACUAAGAAGCAGAAAAAGCAUCUGAAGGAAUUUGGAGAGCAGCACCCUUUUGAUGACACUGUCCAGGAACGUGAAGAGAAAACACAGAUACUGAAUCUGCAACCAGACAGUCCGGAACAUCCCGCGGCGGCGAGUGACGAUGAAAGUGAGACGGAUCCCGAGCCAGAAUCCGCCUACCAAAAACUGCUGUCGACCCUGAGUCAACGUGCUGAUGAGGAGGAGGAGAGUCAGGACGAAGAAUCGGAGAGUGAAAACGACGAAGAGGAGGAAGAACAGUGUGAUGAUGACAUAGACCCUGGUGAUGGGAGUGAGGAAGAUGUGGAAGAAGAAGAAGAAGAAGAAGAAGAUGAUGAUGAUGAGGGUGAUGAUGGUCAGGAAGGUCCAAGUGAGGCACCUGAUGAGCAGGGUAAAAGUGAGGAAGAGGGGAGUGUCCCCGGUGAGGAGGCAGCAACGGGUGAGGAGUUUACAGACAAGGAGCACGAAUCCCAGUUCAGCCUGGAGACCAACUUCCUCGGGGAAGGAGAUGGAGAGCCGCAGGAGGACUCAGCAGCGCAGGAGGACCGUGAUGAGCCAUUGAUGCAGCACCUGGACACCGAGCUCAGUGAAGAGCAAGUGCAGAAGAUCGCAUCCGGCAGCAGGACCAAGACCCAGAUGAAGUGGCCAAGACUGGGGACCCUGCUUUGCAACUCCACCUUAGAGGAAUUCAGCUCCAUCGGCCCAGAGACGAGCACCAGAACACCGCAUCUCCACAAGGUCCUAGAGGCCAACUGGGUGUCCGUGAACCAGGCUGUCCUCCCCCAGGGACUGGCCCAGGACACCAGCCCACUGCAGCAGGAGCUGCUGAGCCUCAUGAGCUCCUACUGUGACGUCUACUUCCCCGAGAGCUCGCCCCUGGUGGAUGCCCAUCAGGUGCGCAGCGCCUACUGCCUGCAUGUGCUCAACCACGUGCUGAAGGCCAACGCACGUGUCCUGGCCAACAACGCCCUGCUUAGGGAGCGCAAGCCUCGGGACGAACCCCAGGACGAGCCUCGGGAUCAGGCCCUGACCAGACCCAAGGUUCUGAUUCUGGUGCCCUUCCGGGACUAUGCUCUGCAAGUGGUCCAGACCAUCAUCAGCCUGCUGGAACCCAAGGGGAAGAAGAUGGACGUCAGCCACAAGAAGAGGUUCAAGGAUGAAUUUGGGGAAGAGCCCGGAGACAGGCCGCCCAGCCUAUCCCGGCCAGACGACUACCUGGCUGUGUUCUCUGGCAAUAUCGAUGAUCACUUCCGGAUUGGCCUGUCCAUCCUGCGCCGCAGCCUGCGCCUCUACGCCCCCUUCUACUCCUCUGACAUCAUCAUCGCAUCCCCGCUGGGCCUGCGAACCAUCCUGGGAGUGGAGGGCGAGUCCAAGCGGGAUUUUGACUUCCUAUCUUCCAUCGAGGUCCUCGUGGUGGACCAGGCUGAUGUUUUCCUCAUGCAGAACUGGGAGCAUGUGCUGCACGUGAUGAAACAUCUAAACCUGCAGCCGCUGGAUUCCCACGGCGUUGACUUCUCCAGGGUGCGCAUGUGGAACCUGAACAACUGGGCCCAGUAUUACCGCCAGACGCUAGUCUUCAGUGCUGUCCAGGACCCCCAGAUCAACAGUAUCAUGUCCAAGCAUUGCUUCAACUACCGGGGCCAGGUUUCUGUGAAGAAUUUACCCAAAACCGGCUCGAUCUGUCAGGUUCUGGUGCAGCUGCCCCACGUCUUUCAGAGAUUUACCUCGGACAGUCACAUGGACCAGGACAACAGGUUCCAGUUUUUUGUGGACAAAGUGCUGCCCCAGUACCGGGACGCGGUGAUGUCGCACACCCUCAUCUAUCUGCCCUCGUACUUCGACUUCGUCCGCCUGCGUAACUACAUGAAGAAGGAGGAGAUGAAGUUCGCCAGCAUCUGCGAGUACUCAUCCAGGUCGGAGGUGUCCCGCGCGCGCCACCAUUUCCAGAUGGGCGACAUUCACUUCCUGCUCUUCACCGAACGCUUCCAUUUCUAUAAGAGAUACACUAUCAAGGGGAUCCACAACCUGAUCUUCUACGCGCUGCCCACGUACGCGCACUUUUACAGCGAGCUGUGUAACGCGCUGCGGGCAGGUGGUGCCGAGGGCGCGGCCAGCUGGAGCUGCACGAGCCUUUACUCCCGCUUCGACCUGCAGCGGCUGGCCGCCGUGACGGGCGCAGAGCGCGCCGGACAGAUGCUGCGCUCCCAGAAGUCCGUGCACCUGUUUGUGACGGGGGAGGAGUCCCUCUGACUGUAGCCUUGGGGGGGGGGGGUUCCGCUUUGACAUUUAUCAGUUCUCUUAAUUGCUGUACAUCCAAUUUCAUUCUGUCAUGUUACAUACAAAAAUAAAGGAUAACUUCUGUA